AUGAAGGAAGGUCAUACAGAGAAGCCUUCUAAAUGUAAGAAAUAUGGAAAUAUCUUCAGUCAAAAGUAAAUCCUCGUGUAUCAAGAAAUUCAUACUGGAGAGAAACCUUGUGAAUGUGGGAAAGCUUCCAUUCAGAUGUCACACCGCAGUCAGCAGAGAAUUUAUAUUGCCUGUAAGGUAUGUGGGAAAGUCUUCAGCCACAAAUCAAAUCUUACUGAGCAUGAGAAAAUUCAUAUUGGAGAGAAACCCUUUAAAUGUAAUGAGUGUGGAACAGCUUUUGGCCAGAAGAAGUACCUCAUAAAGCAUCAAAACAUUCACACUGGAGAGAAACCCUAUGAAUGUAAUGAAUGUGGAAAAGCCUUCUCUCAACGAACAUCACUGAUUGUGCAUGUGAGAAUUCAUUCAGGUGAUAAACCUUAUGAAUGCAAUGUAUGUGGAAAAGCCUUCUCUCAGAGUUCAUCUUUCACUGUACAUGUAAGAAGCCAUACAGGUGAGAAACCCUACGGAUGUAAUGAAUGUGGAAAAGCUUUCUCUCAAUUCUCAACCCUAGCUCUGCAUUUGAGAAUACAUACAGGUAAGAAACCUUACCAGUGCAGUGAAUGUGGGAAAGCUUUCAUCCAGAAAUCACACCAUAUUAGACAUCAGAAAAUUCAUACUCAUUAA